CCAGGGAAAAUAUAUAUUGUGCUUAUAAUAAGCAAAAGAGCGAAGAAAAGUGACUGACUUGACAUCAUACGCACCACUGCCGAAAACUAUUUUAUCACCAGACUUGGAGGGCUAUUCCAUUUCUGUCUGAUCGUUUCAGAUAAACUGCAUUUCAUCAACUGCUAUAUUUCGCCAAUAUAGCCGAGCGCUUGAUUUCAGUACGGUACGGAAUAGAUAGAUUGGAUAAUUGUUGCGACAUUUGAAAAAAUACGCAAUAUGUAAAUGGGAUGAUAUUUUCUCUAUGAUACGCGUAUGAGAUCCCAAGUGUAAACAUAUAACAGCGAUUAAUCUUUUUAUAUGUGUUUUUGGUGACUUCUGAUCCAGCGGUUGUAUUCAAAAACAUAUUUGGUAAUAUCAUUCAGUCUGUGAAAAAUGAGAAGUAAAGAUCACUAAACGUAUUCGGAAACGGACGUUUUUACAAUUAGAGAAAGUGCUGGGCUUUAACGAAAAUGUUGGUGUUUGACUUGAUAAAAGCUGUCUGUGUCCGGGUAGUGCUGCUAAUCCACAGCCUGCUGGUAAUAUGGCUAGCGUCAAGUAUUACCCACCAGCGCUUGAACUGGAUCCUGGCAGUGGCUAACAUCGGCUUACUCGCAGAAUCCUUCGUUACAUUAAUAAAAAAUAAAGGACAGGAAUGGAAGUGGUUUUGCCCGUGUUUCUUCUUUUACCUGUGCAGUACUAUACCUGGUAUCUGGAUCCUAGAGUUGGACCGGAUGCAAGGAUACCAGGAUAAACAAGACGCCGUUAACCAGAUCAACACGGAUACUAGUAAACACAACGCCACCAAUACAACAGACGCUAGAAAGAGCCAUCCUUUUGAUGACAUACAAGGGGUAACCAUCCCAAUAACUAUGGAGACGGAAACUUUGGUGAUCAUAAUGGAACAAUUGUUCUUGUAUCUUAUGAUUCUGGCCCGUUGGAUAUUGCCAAGAGGGGAGAUAACUCGCAACGAAUUGUCUCAACUUCUCUUCGUCUUCAUCGGAAUAGCCUCGGACAUUACCGAACUAUUUGCGUUAUUCGAAGAGCAUGCAGUCCGCAUGAGUACGAACCUCACCUACGUCAUUUUAUGCAUUUGGAGCUUCAGUCUACUUCAGUUUACGUUUGUACUUACAUCUACACACAGCCCGAAGAAGACAAGGACCGCCCUUGCCACAGUAUCUGCUCCUGAUGACGAAGCAAAUGAUGUGAAAGAGAAUGUAAUUAAAGCUUUCUUUCAGACCGAGGUUUGGAGCAUCUGUGUCAACUUCCUGCUGCAAGAUGGACCGUUUUUGGCUGUCCGUCUGUACACAAUGAUUGAGUUCAAAGUUCUCACUUAUAGUAUCAUUUUCUUCACGGCUAAAAACGGCCUCCUCGUCAUGCUGUUGGUCUACCGUCUCUCAGUCCUCUGCAUUGAAAGGCAAAGCAAGGUCGGGGCUACAGAGGAGGAAGCGUCUUCCAUUGGUUCAAAGAAGGCAUUAAGCGAAGACUCCAAAGCAAAGUCUGUCGAAUUUAUAGAGAAAAUUGAUGAAUCAAAUAAAGAUAUUCCUGCUGUGACUGACGCCAGAAAGCGUAACGGAAAUAAUGAAAGACAGAAUGAGCCGUAAUUGCAAUCAUUUACAUUCUAAACUGGUCGAUUUUAUUUGAUGUUUAUAACCGGAAACAAGUCAAAUUAUGAAUUAUGACUUAAUUGAAGUUUACGUGUUAUUAUGUGUAAAAGUCCCCAUUUCCAUCACUAGCUUUUUUUCCUGUAUAAACACUUACAAGAAACUCUUUAAACUCUAGUGAAAAAUGAGUUAUUCAGUGCAGUACUCGUGCACACAUGAAAUCAUUCACAAAGAUUCGUUUCUAGUGAAACACACUUUAAUAUGGUAGUUAUAAAUAUUCCAAACAUGAGCCAGGUGGCGACUAAACGAGAAUCACAAAAAGAUGUUUUGGCAUGGUAUGGGCAUACUAGUACCUUCUUAUUUAUUUUUUCUUAAAUUAUCAAUAUUGUGCAGUUUUUUAUGCUUAAU